UAGAUCACGAAACAUGGAUUAAUCAUCCACUUUCAAAACCGCGGUCUGGUAAUACUAAAUUUGGUUUUUAUAUGUUGAUCCUCAUCUUAGAAAUUCGUUUGUAGCUAGAUUAAUGCUAAACUACUUAUCGGACUUUUAUCUCCAAACGGAUCGUCGGAUCCUAUUCACUCCUGGGGUUGUUCCCUCUUGAUAUAAGUUCUUUCCCUCUCUGUAUAUCUAAUCCGGUGUUGUUCGCUAUCAAUGGAUUGGGAUGUUUUAGUGCGGCAUAUAUUAGAUGCCAAAACGACGAACCAACUCAGAAGUAGGAAAAGAGAGUACUCUGCACUAGUGUUUAAGAGAUUCCAGAGAAUGAAGAGAGAAACUCCGAAAAGAAAGGCUAUCACUUGUACCACCGACAUACUGAUUCGGUCAGAGAGUCCUCCCAUCCCCGCUUGUCUGGCUGCCGAUGAGCUCACUCGACUUCUAACUAGGUCUGUCAUUUUUACACAUCCAACCCUAUUUUAUAAUAAGUAUUGUAUUUUGGGAAAAUUAAUUCAUUUGUUCCUGAACUGUAGGUCGUUAAUGGUUUAGGUCCCUAAACUAAAAACCCAAUUUUUUUUUUUGCCACAACUAAAAACCCAAUUUUUGAUACCUAAAUGUUUAAAAAAUCUGAUUCAAGUCCUUCCGUCAAAAUUUGACUAACGCUUGUUAGUCAUUGCUGACAUGGAAAUUGGAAAAAUAAAAGAAAAAAAAAUUAAAAUACGAGAAAUCAAAACUUCAAGGACUGAAGUGAAAUCUUGAUAUGUUAAUGUACUAGUGAUUUUAAAAAUACGGGUGGUGAAAGUUUUAGAUUUCGAGUUUACUAACAUAUAGAAAUAUCACUUUAAUCUCAAGAUCACGAAGAUAAAAACUUAUUAAAAUGCAGUUUUUUGUAUGCUGGUGAACUCUAAUCAGGAAUUUUCACUAUCCUUGUUCUUGAAAUGACUCAUAAAUGAACAUAUCAAAAUUUUAUUUCAUUCCAUGAAGUUGUGAUUUUUGUGUUUUCAAUUAUUAUUUUCUUUUGUUUUUUCAAUUUCUAUGUCAGUAUUAAGUAACGGCCGUUAGUCAAAUUUUGGCGGAGGGACUUGAAUCAGUUUUUUGGAAAGUUUAGAUAUCGAAGUUGGGUUUUUUUAGUUUAGGGACCUAAACCAUAAACGGCCUAUAGGAAUGAAUUAAUUUUCCUGUGUAUUUUCAGCUGAUAUAAGAUUACAUGUGUAUAUUUAUUGUGUGUGUGUAUAUAUAUGUGUGUACUUUAUGUAAUGGUCGUCUGAUGGAAUAAGCGAGGUGUACUUUGGAAGAAAAAUCACAGAAGUUCAGAGCUUGACAAAGAGAUCCGGACCUUAUUCAAGAAUUCUGCAUACCAGACACCACAUCAAAUGUCACCCAAACAACAAGGUCUGGUAUGAUCCCAUGCGAAAAUCUGGUAGAUGUUAUCCCCGAAGAUUUUAUCUUCUCAGGUAUAGAACAUCCUGGAAAUUUAUCAGGCACUGGACUAUCAGCAAUAUCCGUGAGUCCACAAACUUUUCCAGGCCUCAACACCCAAGGCAUGUCUUUGUUGCGUGCUGAUCACCAUAAAGCCCCAAACUGAUAGGUGGGUAUUCCCCGAUACUGGUGAAGGCAUCAUUAUCCUGGCUGAAGGACGUUUGAUGAACUUGGGUUCUGCAACUGGUCACUCCAGUUUCGUGAUGUCUUGCUCUUUCGCUAACCAAGUGAUUUCUCAGCUAGAGUUGUGGAAUGAGAAGAGCUCCGGAAAGUAUGAUUAGAAGGUCCAUGUCUUACCCAAUCACCUCGAUGAGAAGGUUGCUGCACUCCAUCUUGAAAAGCUCGGUGCAAAGCCUACAAAGCUCUCCAAGGACCAAGCUGACUACAUCAGUGUUCAAGUUGAGGGUCUUCAAGAGUUAAAUAAUGUGAAAAACCUCUCUAUCAUUCUGCCUGUAUGCUUUCAUUUUGAAUAUGGACUCAUUGAUGUGGUGGAAGCAAAAUCUGCAAUGCCAGCUAACAUCUGUCAAGAUGUCAUCAAUCUGGCGAUGAUGUGCAGAUCUUAUCUUUCCCAUCUAAUAUGUAUGUACCAGUGUUAUGAUUGUGAGUACAUAUGUAUCUAUAUAAAAAGGAGAAGAGCUGGUAGGACGAAUGAAGGAAAAGGUAAAGAUAGAAAUACCCUUAACCACACAGAUGGCGCUAGACCCAUUUGAUGGAAACACGCUGAAUGGGAUUGCCACAGUGUCACCUAGCAAAAAAAUGGCUCAUUGGCGUGUAGGUGAGUUGGCGAGAGCACUAGUUAUUGACCAAAGCUUUCAAGGUUUAAUUCCUGGAGGCGUGGGAUCUUAUACCGCACUCAAGGAAUGGCUACCAAUGUGGUCUUGCCACUUAUUGAGUAUGGCUAGGGUGUCCAGAAAAUGACUCAUUCUAGGGUUUCUGUCGUCCAACACUUUUUUCCGCUAGAUGUAUGCUACUAAUAUUCUACUGUUUUGGACUGACUACGUUUUCAUUAAACCAAAAUCCUUUCCUUUGAACUUCAUUUGACAACAUAAAUGUUUGGAGCUCUGUAAUUUUGCUUAAUUCGAUUUUUCAAUUGAAUAUUUUUUGGUCCAUUGCCUCGAAAUUGACUAUUUCCUCAAUACAGUUAGUCUGGGACAUGACACAAGUCAAUUACAAAUAUAAAUAAACUCCCUAGAUGAGUUUCCAAAAGUGGAUCUAUAAUUAUGUUUUUUACGGAUCAUAGGCUUCGCAAAAGGUCCUUUAGUGCAUUAUUAUCGAAAGCCCUCAAAUAUUGUGAUGCCAAUUCAGCCCACCUUGAAAAAUUAAAAUCGGGGUAAAAUUGUUUGGACAUGUGUCAUCAUAUGGUACAAUCCUAACCCGUCGCCUCAUCCGGACCGUCCGCCACUCUAUUUAUUUUACUUGUUGUUUCCCUACGGUCCUUUCACUUUACAGAUAUUUCAAAGUGUACCGCAGGAGCGCCGUUUGUGGCGAACAAGAUCGACCCUGCUAGUUGUUUCGGAGCAGUACUUGUCUAAAACUAGUGCAAAGGGAGCCUCAAGUUAUUUCCAGUUAGACUCAAGAGCUUUGGAAGUAUCCCAGUGGGAUGGAAGUGGAUGGGAGACCUAACCUUGGUGGGAUGGAAAAGGCAUUUAGCAUGAAUGUCAUGACGCUGCUUGUUAAAUUUUUUGCGGGACACUCGAUAAGACUCCGGAUUCCUGCACCAACAAAAAAACAAGGAAGGAAACGAAAACAGAUCUGCAGCAGAUCAGGUGACAGAGUUUGGGGAGCAUGGGAUAGUCUUCCUAAUGAACUCCUCCUUUUAAUUCUAAUGAAAUUGAAUAUUAUCGACUACCUUGCCUUCAGUGGUGUGUGUAGAUCCUGGAGGUCAGCGGCUACCGAUAUUCGCAAAAGUUUUAUGGAGCGUCUGCAACCCUUAGUUUUUGCACGAUCAAGAUAUGCAAAAAAAGCUUGCGUUCUAUAUAAUAUUUUUGACUCGCAAAAUUGCAAAUCAAUGCUGCCGAGUAUGCCUCGCAAGUACUUAUGGGGUUUAUCAAGUGGUUACUUGAUCACAUACGACAAGAACAUGGGGUUUUGGCUUGUGAACUUAAUGACAAGACAUGAGAUGCACUAUCCUGUCCUGUCCGAAAGUAGCUAUAGGUUCUUUGACUUCACUCCUCGCGCCGUUCUCUUGCGGUUGACUCGGCUUUCAAGAAUUUUCAUGAUUAUUUUCUCUGAGAAGCAUAAUUUUUUACUGAUGUCUGAAAGUGGCUCUAGUAGUUGGCAGGAAUAUCUUUUACCAAACACCAGUGCUGGGAUUGCGGAUGUAAAGGUUUUGGAUGGCAAAAUCUUUGUUCUAACCUGUGAUGCACAUUUUGGAGAAUUUAAUCCGAGGGCAGAUCCUGUUGUGAAGCUCUACAACUGUAACAUCCCUAUUCAACUUCCAUCACGUUCGAUUUUGCAGUUAGUGACUUCAGACAACAAGAUCUACAUGGUUAUAUCUCAAUAUCCUUGUCCAUGUGUAACUUUGUUGGUCCAAUAUCUUUUCUUGUACGAACUUGACUACAGUAUGGAAUUUGCAAAACAGAUUCAUGACUUGGGUUCAAAAUCUUUGUUCCUGAGUGUAUAUAAUUCUGCCCUGGUUGACACAACUGGUUGGGGAGCGGGCAACUGUGUAUGUUUUCUUCAAAAUACAAUCGGAAAAUGUUCAUUCUUUCACUUGGAUGGACGCAGGCUAGCAACGAUUCCUGCUGUUUGGGAUUGUUAUGUGAGACUAUAUUUCUGGGUUUUUCCCGGUGAAAGUUGGGACAUCAGUUGUGUUGGUGAUGAAUUUGGCCCUUGAUCAUUUUUACUUCUGACAUCUGUUUUCCUUUUCCUGGCCAAAUCUUUGGGUGUAGUUUCAUCUUACAUUCAGAAUAUUUGUAUUCUUUCAGUUUCAUGGAUUUAUUCACUCAGACUAAAUAGUUAUGAUGUGAUUUUUAUUAUGCAAGCCAAACUAUCAUAGUUUAUAAAUUUUUUAUUCAAGAGAA